GCAGCAUCCAAAGGAGGAACGAUUGCACAAAUUGGUCAUCUCCUGGGGCAGCUCCUUACCUUCUUCUGCUGUCUACUUUUCCAUCACAUCCAAUCGCUACUUCCUCUAUGUCGUCUUCAUGCUUUUUCUUUCUCUCAAUUGCAUUGUCAUGAGUUUGUUCUUCACCCCAGCCAAGUUGAUCAAGUCAGUAGAGAAGAAGACUUCAAGUACGUUUGGCUUGCUCUCAAACUUUCACUUCUACUUUCCAGAUAUAGGACUCAAUAG